AUGAAUGGUGCUGUAUUGAACUUUGAAAGUGCCGAUAAGAAUCAUCUUGUGACGACUUUUGCUGAUGACUUGAUAAAAAACUUCAAAGGAUAUGAAUGGAGUCAGAAUGGACCUUUGUUGAUUACACGAGUAGCUCAAGAUCUUUGCAACACCAAAAACACCAAUGAAAUGGUUGCUAAGGAAGAUUGUAAAGGUGUAAAGGUUGAAAUAUUUAAUUGCAUGAAAAAUAUUUUCUACGAAUUAGAUUUAAAAAUCGAUCAAUUAACUCAUCAAAAUCUAUGA